AACCGUAUUCUUCGCUGAUGAUUUGCAGUUUCUACUAAUGCGUGCUUGCUUAUCGUGUUGACCAAUUUGUAUGCGCUCCGGCUCGGUACAUUGUGGGCCGUUCUAUGACACACUUCACCAACGUUUUCAGCGCACGCAAUCGCCCUCUGCACCGGCAGGUUGCAUAUCGCCAUACUUCUCAUACUUAUAUCCUCAUAAUCUUCAUAGCCGCAGUCGUCUCCUUCCGACAUUCAUUACAGUUCAUAUUCCAGAAAUCACGAAUAAAAGGAUGGAAUAAUUCAUCAGACCUCUCGGCCCCUGUCAUCACCAUGAAGGACAACGUUCACCAUGAUUGUUGUCGUCACAUCCACAUUUUUGGUCGUCUUGGCGGUCCUGCUCCGAUCUGUCUCCGCAGCUUGACAGUAUCAUUCUCGCCCCCAUCUUUCCCCCUCUUAACUCAACGUCACCGUCCCAGCUGACUCUGAUAAUGUCGAAAGUGACUUGAUCUUUGUCGCUCGUUAUCAGGGCUUUGUCCCAGGUAGCUAUGGUCCUGCCGAACUGGGCCUACAUGUUCCGAGAUAACGGACAUUUGGUAUGGUCUGGACUCGGAUAUUACGGUGACUGGACUGCCAAUUUCCGACCUGACGUCUUUAAUGGCAAACCCGUGCUUCGUGCUACGCAAGGGUCAAUGAAUGAAGGAGUGUGGUCUGAUGCACGGCAAUUAUGGGAUUCCCGAUGACAAUUACAAAUUUAUCAAAAAUUUUCAAGCUCGAAGCCAUCACCAUCUUUCUGUCCAUGAGUUUUUGGUUCUCGAUGGUAAGACGAUCUUGAUUGAGAGUCCUAUUAUUACCAUCCACGACUUGCAGCCGUACAAUGGAGAGAAGGAGCAGGAUUGGAUCCUUGCUGGUAGCUUCCAAGAAGUUGACAUUGAGACCGGAGGAGUUCUUUUCGAAUGGAACAGUCUUGAACAUGUUGAUCCUUCCUACAGUGCUCUCCCCUAAAGGGCGGCCGAGGCACCUCUGUCGGCUACGGUACCGGCGCCGCCGAUGCCUACAACUACUUUUACGUCAACAAUAUCGCUAAAGGUAACCACGGCAACUACCUCAUCCCUGCGCGAAAUUAUGCUGCUAUAUUCAAGAUCAACGGUACCAGCGGAGAUUUCACUAGGCAACUGGAUGGUUUUCACAAACGAUCUUCUUUCAAAGUCGAACCCGAAGCUCGAUUCGCUUACCAGCACGACGCUCGAUAUAUCUCCCGCUCCCAACGGCAUGAUCGAAACGAUCCCCCUCCACGACAAGACUGCUCAUUCGAUUGAUGAAACCAUCAGCAGCUUCUCUCGAGCCCUUAUAUCCAACCCAACCACGCCGCCGGUAUAGUCUCUGCCCUCCGGUCAUACCCUGCACCCGAUGGUUUGCUCGCCUACUCCCAAGGUAACGCCCAACUCUUGCCCAAUGACAACACUUUUGCCAACUGGGGUCAAGCCGGAGCCAUCACCGAGUUCAAGGAGGAUGGCAAAGUUCUCUUCCAUGCAUACUUGGAUUCCCAGCCGGAAGGGCAAUUUGUCCAGAGUUAACAGGGGAUUUAGAUACAACUGGAUCGGUAUUUCUUUAGAAGAACCUGCUAUUGAUGUUUUGAGGGGCCAGGGAGAUGGCAAACCGGUUAACAUCCAUGUUUCGUGCAACGGUGAUACCCAAGCUGCUGCUUGGCAAUUUUAUGCGGAGGGCGAUUUGGGAUUCAAUGAGAAAUUUGUUUUGGGAGAAGUCAUUAGAGUCGGUUCUGAGGCACAUUUGGAAGUAAAAAACUUGGCAGAGGAUGAGGGAGUACGUUACUGUGCCGAAGCCGUCAAUGCUGAAAGGAACAUCCUUGCAUCUUUGAAAACCUUAUCUUCCACAGACCGGAGCUUUGCUGGGUCUAAUUAUUUGGACCACAUCAAUUGCUUCUUCGCAUGCGAACAACCAGAUCUUCCUUCAUAGCUGGAUGUUAUAUAGUAGGAUGACCUAGGAGUCUUCUCAAUUAUUGACAGUAAAGCCGUCCCUCAGCCUGUAUUUCAUAUGGUAACUUGUACAGAAGAUAAAUAAGAUGCACGGCAUAAUAACGAAUGGGGCUCGACAUCUUUUGUUAUGCCGGCACGUCAGUUCCACGCAGCCAGUGAAUUGAC